GAGAAUUAUAAAUUAAGAUGAAACUUCAAACCCUAAUAUUCUUGUUUGUAACUCCCACCGUACGUGGCCGCUCAGCUGAUUCCGUCUUCAGAUUCUUUGAUUUCCUCGUCACCGUCGUUCUGCUAUAUACUGUAUUAUUCUUGAAGGAUGUCGGAUCGAUUAACGAGGAUUGCUAUCGUGAAUAGCGAUCGGUGCAAGCCCAAGAAAUGCCGCCAAGAGUGCAAGAAGAGCUGUCCUGUAGUCAAGACAGGGAAACUUUGUAUCGAGGUGACUCCUGCUUCCAAGACUGCUUUCUUGUCAGAGGAGCUGUGCAUAGGAUGUGGUAUCUGCGUUAAGAAAUGCCCUUUUGAAGCUAUUCAGAUUAUCAAUCUCCCAAAGGACUUGGAGAAAGAUACAAUCCACCGCUAUAACUCAAAUGGUUUUAAACUACACAGGCUUCCAGUGCCAAGGCCUGGGCAAGUCCUAGGUUUGGUUGGAACAAAUGGUAUUGGUAAAUCUACUGCCCUCCAAAUCUUGGCUGGAAAAAUCAAACCAAACUUUGGCAGAUACAAUAAUCCUCCUGACUGGCAUGAAAUUUUGGCACACUUCCGCGGUUCAGAACUUCAAAGCUAUUUCAUCCGCCUUGUAGAAGAGAAACUAAAGACUGCUAUGAAGCCACAACAUGUUGAUGCAAUAAAAAAGGUUGCUAAAGGUACGCUUGGGACGGUCCUUGAGAAGCUGGACGAAAGAGGAAUGAUGGCAGAGAUCUGUGACGCUAUGGACUUGAACCACCUCUUGGACCGUGAAGCAACGCAAGUGUCUGGUGGAGAGCUACAACGUUUUGCUAUUGCUGCAGUGUGCCUCAAGAAGGCAGAUAUAUAUGUCUUUGAUGAACCUUCUAACUUCUUAGAUGUGAGGCAAAGACUCAAAGCUGCUGACGUCAUACGCUCCCUCCUCAAACAUGACAACUACGUGAUUGUGGUGGAGCAUGACCUCAGUGUACUUGACUACUUGUCCGACUUCGUUUGUUGUUUGUAUGGAAAGCCGACAGCUUAUGGUGUCGUGACUCUCCCCUUCUCUGUCCGAGAAGGAAUCAAUGUGUUCUUAGCCGGUUUUGUCCCCACUGAAAACUUGCGUUUUAGAGAUGAGUCUCUGACCUUCAAGGUUUCUGAUACACCACAAGGGAGUGAUGGAGAAGUGAAGUCAUACGCAAGAUACAAGUACCCUAACAUGAGUAAGAAGCUUGGAGACUUCAAGCUGGAUGUAAUGGAAGGAGAGUUCACAGACUCUCAGAUUAUUGUGAUGCUUGGGGAGAACGGUACUGGGAAAACAACAUUCAUCAGGAUGCUGGCAGGUGCGUUCCCAAGUGAAGAAGGUGUAGAGUCAGAGAUGCCAGAGUUUAACGUGUCCUACAAGCCUCAAGGAAACGAUUCCAAGCGGGAGUGUACAGUGAGACAGCUCCUACAUGAUAGGAUACGCGAUGCAUACACGCAUCCUCAGUUUAUGUCGGAUGUAAUGAAACCGCUUCGGAUUGAGGAGCUGUUGGAUCAAGCGGUGAACAAACUCUCCGGUGGAGAGAGGCAGAGGGUUGCUAUAACUUUGUGCCUUGGUAAGCCUGCGGAUAUCUAUCUGCUUGAUGAGCCAAGUGCGCAUCUAGACUCUGAGCAGAGGAUCACAGCUUCUAAAGUCAUAAAGCGGUUUAUCUUACACGCAAAGAAGACAGCGUUUGUUGUUGAGCAUGACUUUAUGAUGGCGACCUAUCUUGCGGAUAAAGUCAUUGUGUAUGAAGGACAACCUGGUGUCAAGUGUACUGCUCAUUCUCCACAGUCACUCACUAGUGGGAUGAACCUUUUCUUAUCGCACCUGAACAUCACAUUCAGACGAGAUCCGACUAACUUCAGGCCAAGGAUCAACAAGUUAGAGUCCACCAAGGACAGAGAGCAAAAGCUUGCAGGAUCAUACUACUUCUUAGAUGAUUGAUUGCUAGACUAAAGAGAGAGUCAGAGUGAGCUUAUGCAUAUGUAUACAUACCUACUAAGGUGUUCUAUCUUGGGAUGUGUAAGUCCCUUUGAUUCUGUUUUGCUUUAAUCCUAUUUAACUCGUAUUGGAUGUUGUGUAACCGGUUUGGCAGUGUUGGUUUCCGGUUAGCAUGAAAUUGUUCGUAUUUCAUAAACAUUUAUUGGAAAAUUAUGUGACAUUUAUUCUGUU